AUGAAUCCUCGCAACGGACAAAGCCAUCUUGGCCCCAACAAUGUCAAUCCACCACCAUCCCAUCAACAACAUCUUUUGAGAGGAAACCGAGAACAUCAAGAACUCAAAGAGAAUCCUAAUCGUAUCCAACAACACACUGGUUUGUUAGAUCAAGGCUUGAAUGAAUUCUUACAUCUCGAAGAUUUUCUCGUUAAUGAGCCUUCCACUCAGUUGACUGCAAAUGCUUCCCAAAUGCCUCCAUCAUCCAUGUUGAUGCAUGGCCUUUCCAAUUAUCCAUAUUCAUUUGAUUCGGAACAACACGUUUUAAAUUCAAUGAUACCAACCAACAUGAACCAACCAACAACUCCAUCCUCUGAACAUAUUCAUUGGAAUGGCAAUAAUAACCAUGGUCCUCUCCAUCAACACCUGCACCAUUUCAUCAACAACUUUAUCGUACCUACACCAACCGAAAUUGAUAUGUCAUGGAUUUCCCAACAAUUACAGCUCCAAUCAAACACUCAUGGUAGCAAUAUCAGCAGCGAUACGUUCUCACCUCUCGCACAACAACAACAAACGUCACCUCCACCUUCCUCUGUGACAGCACAAUCCACUAGUAGCAGUAGUAGUAGUGGUGAGAGUAGCAACAACAACAACGUAAACAAUAACAUAACCAACAACAAUAAUGGCAAUGGUGUAGAAUAUUUUCCAAUUGCUUGCGAACAGUGCCGACAACAACAUAGAAAGUGUGACAAACAACUUCCCAAGUGCUAUUCAUGCGCUCAACGAGGAAUUGAAUGUGUGUAUAGGGAAUCUAAAAGAAAUAAGAAAAGUACUAAUACCAACAAGAAUGACAAGAGUUAUUCGAAAUCUUCAGAAAAAUCUAGAAGUGUAAAUAAUGCAUCGAAAGAACAAAAUAGAAACCAGUUAUCCAAAGAAAAGAGUCAUUCCUUUAACCCGCUUUUUUCUCCUUAUCCGCUUGGUAAAAAGCCAAUCAACGAAGAGUUACAAACCUCAGAGUCAUUAAGCUCUAGAGCUGUAAUUGAUUUUUAUUUCGACGUUGCCUGUGACGGAUAUCCACUGGUGUCACGAGAAGAAUUAGAAAACUUUAUAACUCUUUUCCCUAAUUGUGACGAUGUUGACAUUAGCAGUUUGCAAAACUGUGAAAUGUUUGCCAUGUAUUAUAGCAUUAGAGCUUUAUGUGAAUGCCGAGCUGGAUUAUUCGAACAGUCAGAAAAAACUAAUCAAAAAGCUAAAGAUUGUCUUUCCAAAGUAUUUGACAGAAUAUCAAGCUCAUCGGUUGCUGCCGUGUAUGCACAUUUAGUAGUGUACGAAUUAUAUAUCGGAAAAACAGAGCAAGCAAAAUUCUAUUUUGCCAUUCUUGACUUUUUAACCAAGAAAUUAUUUUCCUUAUCAGAAAAUUCAAGUGUAGAUAGCAUUACACAAUCUAAGUUAACUAUUUAUGAAAAGAAUUUGGAAGGGUGGAUGUAUUACUAUGACACUGUGCUUAAGCUAGGUCUUACUGAAGAUUUUGAGAAUCAUACAGUUGAAGAUUUAUUGAUUCGUCUUCCUGAAAUGUAUUCCUUUUUUUGCCAGGAGCCUUUGCCAGAAGAAUGGGUCAGACUAACCAAAGAGAAGGUUUCAAAUGAGAAUUGUUUUGAGAUUUGGAGUAUUGUAGAAUUACUUGUCAACAAAUUUAAACAUUUAGAAAAAUCAGUAAUACUAACAAUACCCGAUACAGUGAAUCGAGCAGAUUUUGUUGAGCCCAUUUAUCAAAUCGUGUCAGACAGUUUGAGAAUUGCCAUUCUUUCAAAGUCCCAAUCUCCCAUCACACGAGAGCUCAUAGAAAAGAGUGCACUGAAUAUAACCAACCACACAGAGAAUCCUCUAUACCCUCUUUUCCCAGUGGAUAUUCUAUUCUGUGUAAGGCCAGCAGUUGAGAUACAUUUAGAAAUAUGCAAUACCCUACUACAAAGGGGUGGUAAUGACUUUAUACAUAAUGGAAUUGACUAUUUUAGUAUUUUAAAAAAGGAUUUACGUGCAUUCGCUCUAAUGAAGCCAAAAUUCAAAGCAGUGAUCAAGUUUAUUAACAAAGUUACAGAUCGUGUUGAGAAGAUGAUUGCUGUCAUGGAACAGCUCAAGUAUCAAUAA